GACGGAUCGGAAGUUACGACAUUUUGAUCGGAAGCAACAACCGGAGCUCGCUGCCUGUGAAGUUUCACUGGCAAGAUGAGAUCCACUUUCAGGCGUUCUAAGCGUUCUAAGAGAAGUAAUGAUGCGAGUGAAAGUAGUUUAGAAUCGGAUGGAUAUGAUGAAAAUGUGGUUGGAUCUGACAGAGUUUCAGAGAUGGAGAUGGGGUUAACUUUAGAUCAGUCUGAGAAAAAUGAAGAAAAUAAUAGUGGAAGCGACUAUGAAGAUGAGGAUGCUGAAGAGUGUGAUGUAGAGGAAGGGGAAAAUGCUGAAAAAAGUGGUGGUCAAAGGGAUACAGAAAUGGAAGAGCUUGAGAAAGAGUAUCAAACUAUACGCAGCGUGGAACAAGAUCUUUUGAAGAGUUUGAGGCAUCGUAAGGAUGAAGAUGCCAUUAAAGGUCAAGCUGUGAAGAAUCAAAAGGCUCUUUGGGAUAAGACCUUGGAGUUUAGGUUCUUGCUUCAGAAAGCUUUUUCAGCUUCCAAUAAGCUUCCACAGGAACCUGUCAAGUCAUGCUUUUGCAAUGCAGAUACGACAGUUGACCAAGCCUAUCUAGAAUUGAUAUCUUCAUCUAAGCAGACUUUAAAUUCGCUGUUGGAGCUACAGGAGGCUUUAAUUGAGAAUAACCACUCUAUUACUCAAGGAAAUGGUAAAGGUUCUUGCAAGGAUGAUGAUUUAUCUUUAGAUUUCAAGGGAGAAGAUGAAGAAUGGUCAAACAUAUACAAAUCAUAUGACAGAAUAUCAACGUUCAGAAAUAAUUCGGUAGACAAAUGGCAUAGAAAGACACAGGUCACGACUGGUGCAGCUGCUUUCAGAGGCAAAUUGAAUGCCUUUAAUCAGAAUGUUAGUGACCAAAUCAACAGCUACAUGGGAGAUCCUAAUCGAAUGAUUAAGAGGAUGCAAUUAAGGGGUUCUUCAGUUGGUGUUUUUGGGAAAGUGCCUGCGGUGCUUGAAAAAACAACAGAAGAGGAUGGGAAUUUUGAUGGAGAUCCAGAACUUCUUGAUGACUCUGAAUUUUAUCAACAACUACUAAAAGAAUUCUUUGAAUCAUGUGACCCAACAUCUUCUGAGUCUGCUUUUUAUGCCUUGAAAAAACUACAGCCAAAGAAGCGAAAAAUAGUCGAUCGUCGAGCUUCUAAGAGUCGGAAAAUUAGGUACAAUGUCCAUGAAAAGAUAGUGAAUUUCAUGGCUCCAGUGCCAAUGAACCUCCCUCCUAUGGCCCCAAAGUUAUUUGAGAACUUAUUUGGCUUUGGCAAUCCAAAAUCUGCUGUGGCCUGAGUAACUACAGCAGGUUAGUUAGGCAAAUGAUGCAGAGAUUCAUGAAAUUCUAUUAGGAGUAAAAUUUUACCUACUUGUAAAUUAUAUAUAUUUUUUAUGUCUUAUAAUUUGUUUAGGUUGGCAGUUGAUGGUUUUUUAGUCUCAGUUUCUUUCAUGAUUGUUAAAGCAUAUGAGUGUUUGACUCAAUAUAACAUUAAAUAGUUGAAAAUUGUAUUGAAACUUUAAUAUUAGUAAUUGACUUUUAGUUUUAUGCAA